GCAAUGCGCUCUGCAAACUUUGAAACCUCUCAACUUCUCAUUCCUGGUGCCAGAAAUAGCACGAGCAAAACCAUUGAUUUCUGAAUUCUGAGUGCUUGACAGAUAUGGCCUUCUGUGUUGCUGUCAAGAUUUUAAUAGUAGCAACCCUUCUGGGGGUUGGUCCUCGAGUUGAGUGCUUGAAUUUUAACUUCACAGAAUUCGACGAUUCAACUAGAGACCAACUGAUUCUGAGUGGAGAUUCUAAUAUGUUUAGUGGAGCCAUCCAAAUUACACCAGAUGUUAAUGGAGAACCUAUAACAAACAAAUCGGGACGGGUACUGUACAGAAAGCCAUUCAGGCUCCGGAGCAAAGGCUACAACGCAUCUUUUAAUUCCACCUUUGUGCUCAAUAUUCAAGCCCAGACACGUCCAGGAGGAGAAGGUUUGGCUUUUAUAUUAACAGGAUCUUCCGUUGUUGAUAUUAACGCCGAUGGACAAUGGCUUGGUAUAGUAGAACCGCAGAUGAACGGUUCCUCUCAAGCCAACACAGUGGCGAUAGAGUUUGACACUAGGAAAAGCUACGAAGAAGAUCUUAAUGACAACCACGUUGGCUUGGAUGUAAACUCUGUCUACUCUCUUGUACAAUUUUCAUUAUCUGACCUUGGUGUUAAUCUCUCCAGUGGUUUGAAUUUCAGCGUACAUGUCCAAUAUGAUGGUGAAUUAAAAAAUUUGACCCUCUUCCUGGAGGACAUGAAGAUUCCAGUGUUCUCUGAGAUUAUCGAUCUCUCAGCCUAUCUACCAGAAAAUGUUUACCUGGGAUUUUCAGGCUCAACAAGCGAUUUCACCCAGCUAAACUGCUUGAGAUCAUGGGCAUUCAACGGUACUGAGGACGAUGACGAUAACUUCUGGAUUUGGAUUGUGGUUCCAAUUCUAGGAGUGGCAUUGUUGGUUGGCGUUGCUUUUGCCGUGUACUGGAAAAGGAAAUUAGAUAGAGAGAAACUGGAGGAUGCUUAUCCAAGCAUUGAAGAGGCGAUCCAAGGCUCCUCCACUGCUCCACGGAAGUUCAAACUGAAAGAGCUUGGGAAAGCAACAGGCAACUUCAGCCCCAAGAACAAACUCGGGAAAGGCGGCUUUGGAACUGUCUACAAAGGGGUCAUGGGAAACAAGGAGGUCGCUGUCAAGAAAGUUUCCAAGACAUCAACUCAAGGAAAGACAGAAUUCAUAGCAGAAGUCACCACAAUCGGCAAGCUCCAUCACAGAAAUCUCGUCAAGUUAAUCGGAUGGUGUUACGAAAAGCGUGAAUUCCUCCUCGUCUACGAGUACUUGCCUAAUGGAAGCCUGGACAAAUUCAUAUUCUGUGAGAAGUCCAGCAUGGAGGAAUCUACCAUAAGCUGGGAAACAAGGCUCAGUGUGGUAACUGGGACAGCGCAGGCUUUGGAAUAUCUGCACAACGGCUGCGAGGAGACGAUACUUCACCGAGACAUCAAGUCCAGCAACAUAAUGUUAGAUUCUGAGUUCAACGCCAAGCUGGGAGAUUUUGGACUUGCUCGUUCCAUUAAACUCGGUGAUCAAACUCACCACUCGACAAAAGAGCUUGCAGGAACACCUGGGUACAUGGCUCCAGAGAGUAUUCUCACCGGAAGGUUUACAAGGGAGACGGAUGUUUAUGCCUUUGGUAUACUCAUCCUGGAAGUUGCUUGUGGAAGGAAGCCUGGAAGUCAAAGCCAGCAGGAUGACUACAACAGUAACAUCGUGCAUUGGGUAUGGGACCUCUAUAGCAAGGGAAGGAUACUCAGUGCUGCAGAUUCCAGAUUGAAUGGGGACUUCGCAACAGAAGAUAUGGAGUGUGCGUUUAUUCUGGGAUUGGCAUGUUGCCACCCAAACCCACACAAGAGGCCCUCAAUGAAAAUAGUUUUGCAGGUUCUGAAAGGGGAAGCAGCACCACCACCAGUGCCCAAUGAAAGGCCUGUUUUUAUGUGGCCACCAUUGCCUCCAUCUUUUAAAGAAUUGGAUAUCUCUCAUGGCCAAAUCACUCCAUUUACAGAACUAAGUGGGAGAUAGGAAAUAGCAAUUAGAAGUAUAAUUAAGUUUUUUUUAUUUUUUUUUCCUUUUUGCAUUACAAUGCCACUGACAGAUUCAGUAGCACUCCUGGAAUUCUUUAAAAAAAAAAUUAUAUUCCUCGACCUUUAUUUAACUUCAAUUGUUAGAAGACAGUGGUCGGCCAACUACGUACUGCAUGGCCUAUGAGCGAUUUCCCUCAACGUUUGCAAAUACCAUGAUCUUUUCAUAAGACUAUAUACAUGUUAUAGCUGCAUCUGGACAAAGAGAAGCUUUUCCUUUGAAUGUCAUAGGCUGUCUGUACUUAACGCAAUUAGUGCAGAAAUAUUAGUACCCUUUCCA